UUUGCUCCUGCAAACUUGAUUCAGGAAGAACGUGGUUGUUCUACUAAUCGUUUUACUAAACACGGACAGAGCGAAGAAGGGCUGCAAGGGGAGGAUGAUCCAGCCCUCCUUUCAAUCAUUCGAUGUGACGGCUUCACCACUAAAACCGAUGGGGCUAUCAGGACCGCGGGGGAGUUCUGGGUGCCCUUGCACGUGGCCCGUGGAGAGGGUGCGACUCUCGGUGUCGGCCAAAGGGUAGGCAUCAGGGGGAAGUCUCAGUUUGGACCUUCCCCCCAUGGACACCUGGGGUUAAAAUUGUAUCUUUUCAAUUGUCAAUGCAAAGUGCAAUGAAAGAAGGUCUCGUAAGGCAGGAUUAUAAUACUGACUCUGUGCUCUCUGCACGCAGACUUAAUCCGAGGGUGUCUGGGAUCUCCCUAAAAUCACGACUCUCGAGAACAAAGGCAUAUCCAGUCUUUUCGUAUCUAUAGUCACCGCGGCGAGCUCGGCAUGCGAGUCGUUGUACGAAAGAACGUGACUCGAUUAUGCGACGCAAUGUUGAGACGCUUUGUCUGUCUGAUAUCGCGUCGACCUUUUCUCCUGUAGCUCGUUCAUGCUGCCCGUGCCUGCACUAUAUUAACGUUCGAUGCAGAAUUUAUAAGGCGUCGCAACAAGGUAUUACGUUUCAUUAUUUCUCAGCGAUCGUAGGGGGUCGGACAUUUUCGGGAAGCUUUAUAAGACGAAUAAAUCUGCCGGACGAGGAUCGGUAGAAGUUUUUCAGAGGGAUGUUCUCGCGAUAAAAAUGAAAUCGAAUGCAGGCACGCGUCGUUUGAUAAAGGGAGACACCGUUUAAGGAUCGCGGGGGAUGGUUUCGGUGCAUAAAUACGAAGGAUGUAGGAGAGUGUCGGGAUGCAAAUUUCACGAGUUUUUCCAAUGGCGUUGAUGAAUAAGGAAUCGUGAGGUUCUCGUGGCUGCUGGGGAACACGUAGGCGGUGGAAAAGUGGCGUCGUACCUCUCGUUGGAAAACUCCGUUUCAUCAAGUAAACCGAGCCCUCUUUCAACCACUCUACCUCUAACCCCUCCUUCCUCUGCUUUGUAAUCUUGCCUGCUUUAUAUCUUCUUCCUUAUCAGCGGUCCGCGAAAGGAGAAAGAACCGAACCGAGGAUUUCGCGAAUGAAACUUGACUGAACGUUUGCCAUACGUAACAUCCUAUCUGCGACGUUUUCUCUUCUAUUCUUCUUUCCUUUUCUCCACGCCUUCGUAUCUGCUGAUCGAAGUAUCCGGGCAAGAAACGCUUUAGGGUCUUCCUGAGAAUUCGUUUGCCACGUUUGCGCAAUAACUAAUUAUCCGUGAGAAUAAACGAGAAGUUGGCAGGGAAGAAACACAGAAGCAAGUUCCGGCAAAUGAAUGCUCGCGCGUAUCGGUCAAAAUUUUUGCGACACACACUAACGGAAAGAAAACGAUGAAAAUUUGAAAGAAUUCUGUCUGGGGCAUGGUUUACCGUCGAGCGAAAUCCCUUCGAUCCGUAACAAAAGGCCACGCUGUUGGUCGCCAGCGAACCGUUUUUCCUCGAUAAAUUAUUCCUUCGAGGUUAUAAGAUGCAAAGUGAACGCGCGUAAUCCCUCCAAAUUUCUCAAGUUUCGUGAAAAAUUCACGCGGCAACCGUUGGCGGUAGAAGAAAAGAAAAGGAUCGUUCCGCCUUAGACGACGUGUUUAAUUUUCCUGGCUCGACGAACCCUAUUGAACGCAAUCUUUUGUCGUUCAACCUUCCCAUCUCUGCCGGGAUAAUUCUUCAUCUCGGUGAAGCGUCGCGGAAACGAGGACACGGAACGUUCUCAAAGGUAAAUCGCAGCGGUGCGGCGCAGCACGUCGAAUCGGUACGAUGAAAAGGGGAUCGAAGUGUAUCGCUCAGACCAUCAAUUUGUCUAACCCGGAGACGUGCAUAAGACCGAAGAGGAUUCAGAAGCUCGUCGAAGCGGAAGCGAUGCAACCGUGUCCGAGCCAUGUCGGAUCUGCAGGUCCCUCUUAUUGGACUCCGAGGCCGGUCGCUAUUAAAAUUUGCACGAGAAAGGACAUGCAGAGGACUUGUCCGCCAAAGCUCUGCGAUUGUCCUCAAAUGGUACCGCGAAAGACCACGGCCCAAAGGUUGUGCAGGGCUUUGAUCUUCCUCUUAAAGAGUAGCAUCGCGGCUGGACUGAUUUAUUGGACAAAUUCCGAGGGUUUAUGGGGCAGCAGCGCCGACGUGGAAGACCUGUAUUACAGACUAAUGGCCACGAUCUCACCUUCCUCCUCUGAGGACAAAGAAAUCCAGUUGCCCCGCUUUGGAGCAUUCAAGUACCGUAUGAUACAGACGUACAAUCACGCGGUGUUUGCGAUCAUGAGUUGUAUCCUGGACACGUCGACGAUGUUGCGGGAACAGCUUCGACGUAUUCUAUCCCCUGAGGAGGAACCGGAACCGGAACCACCGGCGUCCGAUGAGUCGUUGGACGUCAAAGAUAAAAGCCCGAAGAAAAAGUAAACAUAGUAAGGAGCGAACAACGUGGAAUCUCAUUUAUCUGGUAAAAAGCGUUUAAUUUGUCCCGUGGUUUCUUAAGUUUCAAUGUUCGAAUAAAAGAUAACAGAGUACAGGGUACUCUUCGAAUGCGUCACUCAAUUUCUACAUAGGGAACAAAGAAAAAGGUGGAUAUAAGCAGACGGGAUACAAGGAUGGAUUAAAAUUCCGUUCAGGUUUCUUUCAUUUUUUUUUUCCUCUAGAACCAACGGUAGGGCACACGAGGGAUUUCUCACAGAGCUUGCAUCUUAAACGAUUUUUAUGGCGUUCCCUCUCUAUUCGCGGUUAAACUUUAAACCCCGUUCCUGCCAGCUGGAUAUUUAUUUCAACGACACGAGCUACGCUCUGUUCGUUUUGCGACUCCCUGUUUCCUUUUCUUCUGGUUUUCACCAGAUUAAACGCGUCGAACCCGCGUAACAGGGGAAUAAAUCGAGCAACGUCAUAAAUUCGAU